AGUUCCAGUUCAUUUUAAAUUUUGUUUUCUUUUCGGUUAAACUUCCCAAAAUGCCCAAUUGCUUCGUCAGUAUUCUAACAAAAUGGUUUACAAAACCGCCAACCACUUCACAUCUAGAGAGCCCCUUACUAAAUAUGCCUCUGGACAUUGUUAACCAAGUUUUCGAAAAGCUUAGCCCUAUGGAUUUAUGGACAUGUCGUAAUGUGUGCCAAAGCCUGAGACGCGCUGUUGAUGGAUUUGGAAUUUAUUUUCCUAAAAUCUCACUCCAAAUCUACACUGAUAACAUUUGCAUAGCCCUGGAAGAUUACAUUUAUUACUGUAAAGCAGCAUCAAGUGGUGGUACAUCUGUGACUUACAAGAAACGAGAGGGGAGAGUAAAAGGAAAAAAUUACAUAAAAGUAGCAUUCAAGGAUUUUGAGAUACUACUGAAGCACUCAACGGAAUUACACAUUUCUAUUUAUAUUGAAGAUAUAAAAUAUACUGUAAAAUUUCUUAUGGACAUUUUAAAAGCCCAAAAAUGUGCUCACAUCAAGAAAAUUGAAUUUAGUAUUUUACCUUUGAUUUGGUAGUUUCUAUACUUCCAUACUUUGUUUCUAAAGUCCUGGAAAGUAUUACACUGUGGCAAUAUGACAGAAACUAUCAAUUCAAACAAAUUACCUACUUGGACCAGUGGAAAACUGCAAAAACCUUCAAUUUUAAAGGUUAUUCAAUAAACAGUAAAUACAUUGAACACCUAUUUCACUUUGUUUCAUUUCAAAUCUACAUGAGCGACUUUUCAAUAAAAACUGCAACUCAAAUUAGAGAUAAUAUGCUGAACAGACGAACAUUCAGCAAAUGCAUUAUUAAAAUUUAUCGAAUUGAUCCAAUUCAACUUGCAAGAGUAUUUCA